CGGGGGCCGGUGGCUGCCGGAAAUGUCUCAUCAAUGGCAUAUGGCUUAUAUCCAGAAGAUACCCAGUUCCUGCAGUCCACAGGGGUACAGUGUAUAGAAUGAGCAGGCCUGUUUUAGAGAUCCAUCAGUCUAGAUGCUACUCUUCUGGAGGAAGAAAGGGUUUUAUAUCAGGUUUUGUGGAGAACAUCAAACAGGAAUUAGCAAAAAACAAGGAAAUGAAAGAAAGUAUUAAAAAAUUCCGAGAUGAAGCUAAAAAGCUAGAAGAAUCUGAUGCGCUUCGAGAGGCAAGGAGGAAAUAUAAAACCAUUGAAUCUGAAACAGUCAAGACCUCAGAAGUGAUUAAAAAGAAACUUGAAGAAAUAACUGGUACAGUGAAAGAGAGUUUGGAUGAAGUAAGUAAGAGUGAUAUUGGCCGAAAGAUAAAGGAAGGUGUGGAAGAAGCAGCAAAAACAGCAAAGCAAUCUGCAGAGUCAGUGACAAAAGGAGGAGAGAAGUUAGGCAAGACAGCAGCCUUCAAAGCUAUUUCUCAGGGAGUAGAAACCGUUAAGAAGGAAAUAGAUGAAAGUGUUUUAGGGCAGACUGGUCCUUACAAACGUCCGGAGCGACUACGAAAAAGAACAGAAUUCUCAGGCGAGAGGAUUAAAGAGGAGCGAAUAUUUGAAGCUAAUGAGGAGGCCAUGGGCGUGGUGCUGCAUAAAGACUCAAAAUGGUAUCAGCAGUGGAAAGAUUUCAAGGAUAACAAUGUGGUCUUCAAUAGGUUCUUUGAAAUGAAAAUGAAGUAUGAUGAAAGCGAUAAUGCAUUCAUUCGAGCUUCCAGAGCUGUCACAGACAAAGUCACUGAUUUAAUAGGUGGAUUGUUCUCGAAGACAGAAAUGUCGGAGGUUUUGACAGAGAUACUCAAAGUGGAUCCAUCCUUUGACAAAGAUCGGUUUUUAAAGCAAUGCGAGUAUGAUAUAAUCCCCAAUGUCUUGGAGGCUAUCAUGUCUGGAGAGCUUGAUAUCCUCAAAGAUUGGUGCUAUGAAGCGACUUACAGUCAGCUUGCUCAUCCAAUCCAGCAAGCCAAAGCCAUGGGUCUCCAGUUCCACUCGAGGAUUCUCGACAUUGACAACAUUGAUCUGGCUAUGGGGAAGAUGAUGGAGCAGGGACCAGUAUUAAUCAUCACUUUUCAGGCUCAGGUGGUGAUGGUAAUUAAGAACCAGAAAGGGGAAGUGGUGGAAGGUGAUCCGGACAAGGUUCUGCGGAUGCUGUACGUGUGGGCACUCUGCAGAGACCAGGAUGAACUCAACCCCUACGCUGCAUGGAGGUUAUUGGACAUCUCCUCGUCGAGCACUGAGCAGGUUCUCUAAGAAUUGCAUCCAAGGGCUUCCUGUACCUCUCUCGAAGCCACGCCAUCUCUGAACUUGCACCGAUCUGCUGUACAAUGGACUGUGGGGGAAGGAGGCUAGACUGGUUCCUUUUCAGAAGAACAGGCUAUUCGGUGCGCCCUCGUUAUCCCGAUCCGUGUAAUGAACUGGACGAGUCUGACAUAUCUGCCUUACGCUUUGCUGUGUAGUGUUGCACUGUAAGGAUGUAUGGUAGAUUUCAACGCGAAUGGUCUAAGACACUAGCAGCUGCUGUUGGCUCCUUUUUUAAUUGUGGCUGAAGGAGGCUGGUUUCGGUCCUGUAUGUUUCCCAGUGCUUCCAGCGAUAGACAGAGGUGGGUAUCGGAGAGUGAGAUGUGACAGGUCUAGUUCCCAUCUGCUGUCAUCCUCUGGUGGCCUCAAAGCAUCCCUGAAAAGAUCUUAAGAGGUGCUUUUAAGGCACGUUGGUCUUAGCUAACAUACAUCUCUUGUACAAAGUUGCACCAAUAAGCCUUCUGUUGCUGCAGUGUCUUGCACUUUACCAAACCAAAUACAAUCAGGACUUUGCACGUG